AUGGAGAUUUUCCUUCCAGCGGUGCUCGGCGAACUCGCAACAAGAUCCGUGAGUUUCGUCAUCAACAAAUACUCCAAGCUGCCGGUGCAGGCUAUGGAGAUUAACCUGGAGAGGAUUCUACUCCGAGCGCAGGUCAUCGUCGAGGAGGCCGAGGGGCGGCACAUCACAAACCAAGGGUUGCUUCGGCAGCUGAGGAUGCUCAGGGAUGCAAUGUACCAAGGCUUCUACGUGCUCGACACACUCCGAUUCAGAGCUUUUCAAGAAGAUGGCGCUGGAGAUAAUAAGGUUCGGAAUUACUCUUGGGCUCUGUCCAAAUUCAGCUAUGCAAAACGUCUCUGUCUAUCUAGCAGCGGCAGCAGCACAAAAGCUUCACAAGAACUUGUAGCUGAAAAUGUCCUUGACAAUUUGAGAACCAUGAUUCUUGAUGCCGGUGAGUCGGUCAUGUUUUUCACAUCAUAUCCUCGCCUGGGCCGCCAGCCUUACAACAUGCAUAUCUUGCUGGGAAAUUGCAUGUUUGGUCGCCAGAUGGAGAUGGAACUGAUCCUGCACUUCCUGUUGUACACACAGCCUUGCAGUGGUAGACAUGACAGGUUUGAUGUCCUCCCAAUUGUUGGUCCAGCGAUUUGCGGGAAGAGUACUCUUGUUGCUCACGUCUGCAAUGAUGAAAGAGUCCGUGAUCAUUUCUCACAGAUUGCCUUCUUUAGACACGGUACUUUCAGAGAUGAAGAUAUUGAUAUUUUGACGGACCAGCGUACAAUGAGACUUGAGAAGCAAAGGAAAUUGCUAAUUGUUUUUGAGGUAGUUGGGGAACUCAACGAUGAUUUGUGGCGAAGUCUGUAUUCUCUCUCUAGAAAGUGCACUACAAGUGGUAGUAAGAUCAUAAUCACAAGCCGAUCUGACAAGAUCACAAAGCUUGGGACAACACAGACUACGACUCUGAAGCAUCUUCCUUAUGAGGCAUUUUGGUAUUUCUUUAAGGUGAUUACAUUUGGAAGCACGGAUCCUAAGAUGCACCCAAGACUAGCAUAUUUGGCAAUGGAGAUAUCAAAGAUGAUGAAUGGAUCUCUUAUUUCCGCCAACGUCAUUGGUGGCCUACUUAGAAAUAAUUUUAGCAUCCAGUAUUGGUGCAAGAUUCUGAAGUUCUUGAGAGAGUCUGUAGAGAAAUCUAUAUCUAUGCAUGGUGAGCAUCCUUGUGAUCUGCUGGCCAAAAAUAAAUCUUGGUAUUUUCGGAGACUGGGUACAACUACUGAAGAUGUUUUUAUUUCUAGUCAUUACCAAACAUGUUCUUCUCAAGAGGAACUUCCGGAGAUUACUGCACAGGAUGUGGUUUAUGGAGGCGUCAAACCUCAGGGGGCAUUUAAGGCCCUUGCAUGGAAGUCCCCGUUACCGCCUUACCGUUGUUACAUCAAUAUCUAUGAGAUUCAACAACUGCAAACUAGACUUGUCAAGAAGAGGCGCUCUGAAUAAUAGAGCGGUAUUAGAUAUUUAGAUGUGCUUAAUGUUGUUGAUGCAAGUCUCAAAUAGAGUAGUAAUAUUAUACCUUUAUAUUAACUAGCAUAGCGGCCCUCGCAAACGCGAGGGCAUCAUCUUUAUUUAAUUGAGAGUGUGUGCGAAUUAAAUCCAUUG